CUCAGACUCAGCACAACACCUGAGUAUAGAAAGGACCACAUAUAAGAUGUGGUCUCGGGCAGCCGGAUUCUAUCUGCAUUGGGAUUACAGCCUGUCCUGUUGCUCAAAGAAGCAAGAUCUCCUGUACAGGCACAACUGAGCCAUCCCAGGCCCUUGGAUUCGCCAGGUCCCUGGCCAUGUCUCUGUUGCCUUCUCUCUGCGGCGGCGGCUGGAAGCUGGGGCGGAAGGACUUCGCGGGGUGCGCUUCUCAGCUCCCCCAACAGGACUACGAGUCCCUGCUGGAAAGAUGCCUGAGGGACGGCUGCCUCUUUGAGGACAAGAGCUUCCCGGCCACCCUGCGCUCCAUCGGCAGCGGGGCCCUGCUGGGGAAGCUGCCUCGCCGCCUGCAGUGGAGGCGGCCUCCGGAGCUGCACAGCAAUCCUCAGUUCUAUUCUGCCAAGGCCAGAAGGCUGGAUCUGUGCCAGGGAUUGGUAGGCGACUGCUGGUUCUUGGCGGCUUUGGAAGCUCUGACUUUGCACCAGGACAUCCUGAGUCGCGUCGUUCCUUUGAAUCAGAGUUUUACUGAGAAGUAUGCUGGCAUCUUCCAGUUCUGGUUCUGGCACUUCGGGAAGUGGGUUCCAGUGGUGGUUGAUGACCGACUGCCCGUGAAUGAGGCCGGCCAGCUGGUCUUUGUGUCUUCCACCUACAAGAACUUGUUCUGGGGAGCUCUUCUGGAAAAGGCCUAUGCUAAGCUCUCUGGCUCCUAUGAAGACUUGCAGCGUGGGCAGGUGUCUGAAGCCCUGGUGGACUUCACUGGAGGGGUGACAGUGACCAUCAAACUGGCAGAAGCCCCUGAUAACCUCUGGGACAUCCUAACCCAAGCGACCUACAGCAGAACCCUCAUUGGCUGCCAGACCCACUCAGGGAAGGAGAGGGUGCUGGAGAACGGUCUGGUGGAUGGCCAUGCCUACACUCUCACGGGGAUCAGGAAGGUGACCUCCAAACAUGGACCUGAGUAUCUGGUCAAGCUGCGGAACCCCUGGGGGAAGGUGGAAUGGAAAGGAGACUGGAGUGACAGCUCAAGGACAUGGGAGCUACUGAGCCCCAAGGAGAAGAUUCUGCUACUGAGAAAAGAAGAUGAUGGAGAAUUCUGGAUGUCACUGCGGGACUUUAAAGCACACUUCAUGCUUCUGGUCAUCUGUAAACUGAGCCCAGGCCUACUGAGUCAGGAGGUGGGCCAGAAGUGGUCGUAUACCAUGCUGGAGGGGAGAUGGGAGAAGGGGACCACGGCUGGUGGCCAGAUGAAGUUACCCCAAGACACAUUUUGGAAGAACCCACAGUUCCUGCUGUCCGUCUGGAGGCCCCAGGAGGGCAGGAAGCUCCAGGGGCCCUGCAGCGUGCUGGUGUCUCUGCUCCAGAAGCCCAGGCACCGGCACCGCAACCAGCAGCCGCACCUCGCCAUUGGCUUCUACCUCUUCAGGAUGAACAAGAGUUAUGAUGACCAGAGGAGACUGCCCCCCGAGUUCUUCUGGAAAAAUGCUCCCCUGAGCUGGCCUGCGGCAUUUCUCAGGGAGAAAGAAGUGAGCCGGGAGCUGUGGCUGGAGCCGGGGAGGUACCUCAUCGUGCCCUGUACGUCUGAGGCCCGCCAGGAGUCUGCCUUCGUCCUCAGAGUCUUCUCCAGGAAGCACGUCUUUUAUGAAAUUGGCAGCCGUUCAAAUGUCAUCUUCUCUAAGGAAAUUGUGGACCAAAAUGAAGGGCAGGAUGAGUUCUUCGCCAAACUUUUUGAAAAGGUCAGUUGGGGUGGUAAGCGAGGGGCAGGGGACACUGUGGAGCCUACAGUUCCCUGGAGGAUGGGUUCACAUCUGCCAAACCCUGUAUUUGGCCACCAGCAGGAGGCCAGCGAUGACUCCUCACCAAGCAUUCUCUCUGUCUCCACUGCUCUCAGUCUCCCUGCCUGUCCCCACCCCCAAGAGAGAUGGUGGUUAUUUGAACCCAUGGCCAGUCUAGACAGCAUUUCCUCUCCCUGUUCAGAAAAGAGCCACACAGUCCUGGGCCAGCCCCAUGCAGACUCUUUCUGUUCCUUCACAGGUCUAUGGAGCACACAGCCUCACUUCAGCCUCGAGGCCUGCCAGGGGAUCCUGGCGCUACUGGAUCUUAAUGCAUCUGGCACCGUGAGUAUCCAGGAAUUCAGGGACCUGUGGAAGCAGCUGAUGCUCUAUCAGGAGGUUUUCCACAAGCAAGACACGAACCAGUCAGGAUCCCUGAACUGGGCCCAGCUGCGGGCCGCCAUGAGGGAGGCAGGAAUUGUGCUCGGUGAUGAUGUCUGCCAGCUGAUGCUUAUCCGCUAUGGUGGCCCUGAUCUCCAGAUGGACUUUGUCAGCUUUGUCCACUUGAUGCUGCGUGUGGAGAACAUGGAGGAUGUCUUCCAAAACUUGACCCAAGAUGGCAAAGGGAUAUACCUCCAGAAGCCAGAGUGGUUGAUGAUGACUCUGUACACCUGAGAAGGCUGGACGCUCAUUGGCCCUCAUUCAGGACUCUGCAUAUGGCUUAAGGGUGGACUUUGGCUGAGACCAGCAUAUGCUCAACCCACCUGCAGUUGGCUGGACCACAUCUCCAGCCAUCACCUUCUCAUCUGGGAAGACUUCUUUUCUGCAGAUCACCCGCUUUGGAUGGCCAGCAUGCAAAAAGGGAAGGGAGAUAGUAACGAUCGCCUUGGACUUGUAAAGAUCAGCUCUUUCUCUGUGAUCACAACCUUGCCACAAGCAGAGAUGUGGCUUAAUCAAUCUGCUCCAGACUUGGCGUGCUUAACCUUUAUACAAUGCUGCCUCCAUGGAUGUCCAACUUAAAUGACCUUAGACAUGCCAAGUGUCAUCACAUUUGGGGUAAUAGUCUAGGUUUCAAUGUCUGAAGAGGGAAUGAUACAUUUGUGGACACCUGUACCGGCAUCUAUAAAUUGAUAGAGGCGUAGGCUAAGUUUUAACUGUUUGAGGGAGGGAUGGGGAUAUAUUGAGCUUUCAAGAGCACAGAAAAUGACAAAAUUGGUAGGGACUAGGUGAGAUGGGCUGGCUUUGGCACCUGAGGUCACUGGGUGAUCUUCUGCUGACAAUGUCUCCAGAUGAUUGGACUUGGGGAGGUACCAGUGGAUUUAAAAUACCUGACUUCUUAAAGGGCUUCCUGCUUCAAAUGGGUGUUAGUCUAUUUACUUGACCUAUGGGCUAUCAAAUCUAUUUCAAAGAACAACAAAUCCAUGCUACAUCAUUGAGUUAAUCUGUAGACAGUUGGUAUAUCUUAUCUUUUUGAACUACAUAGAUACCUCAUUUUCCUGGCAUCCCUAACAACGCAGAACCCAGGUGGAAAACCACAGCAGUGGCCAUUUUCCAAAGCCCAUGAAUUUUACUCAUAAGUUAGCAACCCAGAGCCAUUUGUUAAAAUUCUAUUUAUUAUUAAUUUACAAACUAUUCUAACAAACAUAGCUAUCUGGUUUCCAGGUCCAGCUAAAGAUGGAGGCUGAAUAAGGGGAUAAAAGAGUGUCCAUUGGCAGAACUAGAGGAAGUGUGACAGCCCGGUAGGUGGGCUCUGCAGGGGGACAGAGCACUUUCAAAGCAUGGCUCAAGGAAGUAGGAAAGCAUUUUAUUUAGAAAAACUUUUAUUUAUUCCAAAUGAUAAAAUGUAAAAUGGUUUGCCAUAAAGUACCAUCUACAGUAGUAAAUGAGGUAUUACUACUUUUGUAGCAUCACGUAUUUAUAGUCUUUUAAAGAUUUAUAUGUCUAUUUAUUUAUCAGUAUCUGUGUCUUUAGACUCUGCCAUUGUAAAUAUUUGUUUUUAUUAAAUAAUUGUUGCUUUGCUCCAUGAA